ACUUAAUCUAGUAAUCCCGUUGUUUCCUUCUUAUCGCUCUUGCUUUCUUCUUGGUCGCCUGUAUCCGUCGUCUCUGCGGGUCUCCCUCCCCGCCCGGCGCUCAAGAUGGAGAACCUGGGCGACAUCGCCACGUUCCUUCUCUUUCUCCUCUCGUGCCUUCUCGUCUCGCCGCCAACCCACGCCUUCUACCUCCCCGGUGUCGCUCCUCGCGAUUUCCAGAAGGAUGAUGAACUUCAGGUGAAAGUAAAUAAACUUUCGUCUACAAAGACACAACUUCCAUAUGAUUAUUACUUCUUGGAUUAUUGUAAGCCUUCCAAGAUUAUGAACAAUGCUGAAAAUUUGGGGGAGGUCCUUCGUGGUGACCGCAUUGAGAAUUCUGUCUAUGUGUUUAAAAUGAGAAGGGAUGAGACUUGCAAAGUAGCUUGCCGCACAAAACUUGGUCAAGAAGCUGCAAAAAACUUCAAGGAGAAGAUUGAUGAUGAAUACCGAGUGAACAUGAUCUUGGAUAAUCUUCCUGUUGCAGUUCCUAGACAAAGAAGGGAUGGAAGUCAAGCACCAAGUUAUGAACAUGGUUUUCGUGUUGGUUAUAAGCUCAAAGAUGAUCGUUAUUACAUAAAUAACCACCUGACUUUCAAAGUCAUGUACCAUAAAGAUCCUGAAAGUGAGGAUGCUCGUAUUGUAGGUUUUGAAGUAAUUCCAAGCAGUAUAAAACAUGAAUACAAGGAGUGGGAUGAUAAUAAUCCUAAAUUAUCAACAUGCAGUCCAAGCAUUAAAAUAACUCCAGGUAGUCAUAGUCCCCAGGAAGUCGCUGCAGAUACAUACGUUGUAUUCACAUAUGAAGUUACCUUCCAGACCAGCCAAAUUAAGUGGGCAUCUCGUUGGGACACUUACCUUCUAAUGAAUGAUGAUCAAAUACAUUGGUUUUCGAUUAUCAAUUCUUUAAUGAUAGUUCUCUUUCUGUCGGGCAUGGUGGCCAUGAUCAUGUUGAGAACCCUUUACAGAGAUAUAGCUAACUAUAACCAGUUGGAGACUCAGGAUGAAGCUCAGGAAGAAUCUGGAUGGAAAUUAGUCCAUGGUGAUGUCUUUAGGCCACCCAUUAACUCCAGGCUGCUUUGUGUCUAUGUGGGAACAGGCGUACAGUUCUUUGGGAUGACCUUGGUUACUAUGAUAUUUGCAUUGCUAGGCUUCCUUUCCCCUUCCAACCGAGGGGGUCUAAUGACUGCUAUGGUUCUUUUGUGGGUUUUUAUGGGUCUAUUUGCCGGAUACUCCUCAGCUCGCCUUUAUAAAAUGUUUAAAGGUACAGAGUGGAAGAAGAUUACACUGAAAACUGCAUUCAUGUUCCCAGGUAUUGUCUUUGCCGUCUUCUUUGUUCUGAAUGCUUUAAUCUGGGGGGAGAAGUCAUCUGGCGCAGUUCCUUUUGGGACCAUGUUUGCUUUGGUGUUCCUCUGGUUUGGUAUAUCAGUGCCAUUGGUUUUUGUUGGUAGCUACCUAGGUUUCAAGAAGCCAGCCAUUGAGGGUCCGGUAAAGACCAACAAGAUUCCUAGACAAAUUCCUGAGCAAGCGUGGUACAUGCAACCGGCAUUUUCUAUUCUGAUCGGAGGCAUUCUUCCAUUUGGUGCCGUCUUCAUUGAGCUCUUCUUCAUCCUGACUUCCAUAUGGCUGAACCAGUUCUACUACAUUUUUGGCUUCCUCUUCAUAGUCUUCAUCAUUCUCAUCAUAACAUGUGCUGAGAUAACUAUCGUACUUUGCUACUUCCAGCUGUGCAGUGAGGACUACCAUUGGUGGUGGAGGGCAUAUUGGACUGCAGGUUCUUCAGCACUCUACCUUUUUGCAUAUGCUGUCUUCUAUUUCUUCACCAAGUUGGAGAUAACCAAGGUGGUUUCAGGUAUCCUUUACUUUGGGUAUAUGUUGAUUGUGUCUUAUGCUUUCUUCGUGUUAACGGGGACAAUCGGCUUCUACGCCUGUUUCUGGUUUGUCCGCAAGAUAUAUUCAUCUGUGAAAAUAGACUGAUGGUAUGAUGCCAGAGUAGAGCUUCCGUCUGGUCCAGUAAGCAUUCGGAAACACACGUGCAUCUGAGAGAUGUUUCGAGGGGAAAGUAAAGAGAGCAUCAUCUCAUGUUUGCAGAUUAAAAUGCCCUUCUAGUGGACACAAGGUAGCAUGUUAUUAUAUCUAUUUGAUUUAGAGUUGGACUCUUUUCUGGACUAUUACUUGUAUGGAUUUAUACACGUUUGCAAGCAUAGAAAGAUGUGUAUAAAAAACUUUAGAAAAUGUGGGUACCUUUGGCCAUGCAUGUCAAAUAAGCAUCUCUCAAAUUCCCCCCAACCCAACCCAAAAUAAAAAGCGUUAUAUACAUUUCAGGGGCAUUUUGAAGUUGUAUGAGUCUCAACAAAGAUCGAUUCAAACUUGGCUCUUCCAGGUUAUUACGCGUGAUGUUUUCGUGUCCAUGUAACUUUAACGGUUAGCCUUGGGUGUUCCCAAAGAGCAACCAACAAAAGGCAGGCAAGAAAUUAGGACA